ACGGACGGCUGCGAUCGCGCGCGGGCGAAACCGAAACAUAAAAAAAAGAAAAAAAAAAGAGAAAGGGGAGCGAAAGCAAGGGCAGAGUCGGCGGGAGGCGGCGGCGGGGAAAGGGGAGCGAUGCCGGUGGCGAGGCCGGAGCCGCAGGAGCCGCGGGUGAUCGCCCACCUCGACCUCGACUGCUUCUACGUGCAAGUCGAGCAGCGGAGGAACCCGGCGCUCAGGGGGCAGCCCACCGCCGUGGUGCAGUACAACGACUGGAAAGGCGGCGGCCUGAUUGCGGUGAGCUACGAGGCCCGCAAGUUCGGCGUGAAGAGGUCCAUGCGUGGGGAUGAGGCCAAGAAUGUCUGCCCAGGUAUAAACCUGGUCCAGGUCCCCGUGUCUCGUGACAAGGCCGACCUCAAUGUGUACCGAAAUGCUGGCUCCGAGGUAGUAGCGAUUCUUUCGACCAAGGGGAAGUGUGAGCGAGCAUCCAUUGACGAAGUCUAUCUCGACCUUACUGAUGCUGCCAAGGAAAUGCUCUUGGAAUCUCCUCCGGAGUCGUCAGAGUCUAUUUUUGAGGAGGCCACAAAGUCAAAUAUCCUGGACCUUCCUUCUGAUGUCGGUGACAGGGAGGAGAAUGUGAAGGCAUGGCUUUGCCGAGCAGAUGCCAACUACCAGGAUAAGUUGCUGGCAUGCGGAGCUAUACUUGUUGCACAGUUACGAGUAAAAGUUCUGGAGGAAACCCAAUUCACGUGUUCUGCUGGCAUUGCUCACAAUAAGAUGUUAGCUAAACUUGUUAGCGGGAUGCACAAACCUGCUCAACAAACAGUUGUUCCAUCUUCAUCGGUUCAAGACUUUCUAGCAUCAUUGCCUGUGAAGAAGAUGAAACAACUUGGGGGUAAGCUUGGGAGUUCCUUGCAGGAUGAUCUGGGGGUUGAGACAGUUGGAGAUCUUCUAGGUUUUACAGAAGAGAAAUUACAAGAGUACUAUGGUGUAAAUACAGGAACAUGGUUAUGGAAGACUGCAAGAGGUAUUAGCGGAGAAGAAGUUGAGGACCGUCUUCUACCAAAGAGUCAUGGUUGUGGAAAAACAUUUCCUGGCCCAAAAGCAUUAAAGAAUAAUUCUUCUGUUAAGAGCUGGCUGGAUAAACUUUGUGAAGAAUUGAGCGAGCGGAUUCAGUCUGACUUGAGCUGCAACAAGAGAGUCGCUCAAACAUUAACUCUCCAUGCUAGGGCAUCUAAGGAAAACGAGGGUAAUUCAAUGAAGAAAUUCCCAUCCAAAUCUUGCCCAUUACGCUAUGGGACUGGCAAAAUUCAAGAAGAUGCAAUGAAGCUAUUCGAAUCUGGGCUUCAUGAUUUUUGGGGUUCUCGGAAUGCUGGAUGGAGUAUUACAUCUCUUUCUGUUACAGCAAGCAAAAUAUUUGACAUACCAAGUGGAACAAACUCAAUCUUGAAAUAUAUCAAAGGCCGAAGUUCCGAUGCAUCUUCAGCCAUCCUUGAUUCUUCCUCUACACCUGAGUCAACACCAUCUGUUGAUAACAAGUUAUAUAUGACUCCAGUUCAUGAGGAACGGUGUGAAUCAUCAUCUAUGAAGGAAGACUGUGACAAUAGUAAUUCUGCCAAACAAUGUAGCUCAAUUGAAGGAAAAGGUCUGCCGAAGAAAUUACCGAAAGUUCAGGUAAUGCGCCUUUGAGAAAACCUAUCCCUCAAAGGUGAAGUUUGGUCUCACCAACUAACCUAGUACAUCAGCACUUGAUUAUUUGGGUUUUAUUUGUUUGAUAGAAAUGAGGUUACCAUUUAGCAUUGGUAUUCUUUGAAAGAAAAGGUAGAGCAUGUAAUGCUUCGUAUAGAUGCUGGAAAAUUGAGAAAACUGAACUCAGUAGUCAGUAAGUUAUGAUGUUUUAUCCAAAUAGUAGAAAUGGAUCUCAGGAUUUUGAGUUUGAUUUCAGAUCCUCAUCUCAUUCACCUUUCUUACUAGCAGUAUUAGAAGUUUAGAACUUAAAGUUAAUUCUUACAUCUUAGCUUUUCUUUGUCCAACCACUCAUGUGACCGUUGGCAUCUUUCUAGUUCGUCUGGGACCUUCGGCAUCUUGCUAGUUACUCCGUUUCCACUAGAAGCACAGUAUAGUAUCCGCCACUUCUCCGUUCCACCAUAAUUCUUAACCAGCCAUCACCCUAACGCAGUAACACUCACCUGCAACCCUAGGCGGUGAUUGGCAUGCUGAGCUAAUUCUCAAGUCGGGUGAGAAACUCAUCUUUAUAGGCCACAGGAGGUUUACUUUCAGUGUCCAUGCCAGGUUUUGUAAUUUAUUGUAGUUCAGUGACAUACUUGUGUCUUAUCUAAUCUGAGCACUC